UAUUCAUAAGUCGCAAGGAUAUCCAGGUACGCAGCCGGCACCGCCGGCGCCACUCGCGUACGGUGACCGUGGGCUCCUAAUUCGCGGCUCGCCAUCCUUGCAGACUCUCGUACAAAUUCGCACUACUAGUACUACAGUCUGUUCGCAAACCAUUGUACAGACAUGGAAGAAGGUGCACUGACUAGGACGACUGCCUCCGGAGCGUCGUCUCGGGAUGAUCCAGCUCCGCGGUUGCCCACCGAGAUCUGCGGACGCAUCAUUGACCAACUGGCCGCGGAAUUGUUUCUUGGCCACAUAUCUGUGACUGGCAAUCCAAAUCUGCUGGCGCUUCGAUCGUGCGCACUGGUAUGCAGGGACUGGUACUUUCACACCUGGUACCAUCUCCGUCAGCGCAUUCACCUUCGCGGCCGAAACGACGUCCUUUCACUUUCCAGGACACUCCGCGAGAGACCGCGCCUCCGCGGUGUCGUCCAACAGGUCGUCAUCUCGGGUCAUAGUGCAUCUGACGAGCGUUCAGUGAUUCAACAUCUCGGAACGUUUGCCGCCAUGCUUUCCGGGAAGCUCCCGGAGCUCUUAAUGAUCAGCAUUACGGACGCGGAAUGGACCGUUGGCUCGAUGAGGAUGCAAUGCUUUGAAUGCCUCACCGCAUUUCGCCUUGUCCACACCUUAGCCAUCACCAAUGUCACCGUGCCGAGCAUCGCCCAACUAGCCCGUCUCAUCUCGGCACUCCCUGGCCUGGGGACACUAUGGUGCGACGGUGUUGAGUGCUCGCAGAAACACCCAGUCUCUCCUGUCUCUCUCCCGGUGAACUCGGCACAUCUGGAGCAGCUCGACGUGCGGUGGGUUGCGCCCGCAAUUCAAGACCUCCUUGUGCGAAUCAGCCAGGUUUCUCGGCUACGCAAGCUCGUUCUCGCGGUUGUCGGUGACUUGCAUCCAUCGUCGAGAGGCAGCAGAAGUCAAGCGCUGUUGGAUGCAAGUGCGGGCUCGAUGGAAGUCUUCACGCUCUAUAUUGAUCCUGAUUCUUCCAUGGAUAGUGACACUGUUGAUUCCACUGUAGUAGAACAACACCUCAACCUGUCAAGCCAUGCAAGCUUGUGGCGAUUGCAGAUUUACCUGCGCCAUCCCUUCGUUGCGUGGUCCUGGAUUCCUCAUAUUGUCUCUCGGAUCCCUUCAAAGUAUCUCGCAUCCAUGUCUGUGAUUUUUUUCAUCCGUGCAGCUCAUGCAGCCGAUGACUUGGAUGGUGCGUUGACGAUGAUGGAGGAAGACGGUAUCUUGGUGCAAUUGGACGACACAUUGCAAGCAGAAUACUUCGCCGAUAUCGCACCGGGUGGUAUAUGUCUAGGCUUCGACGAUGCUGACAACGACUGGACCUCGCCUGAAGAACUAUUUGGUACAGAAUCAUCAUUUCGCGAGCGGCACAACCGGUGGGACGAGCUCAUUAGACGGAAGAUGCCACGCUGCAAUGUCCGGGGCAUAUUGACUACCGUAUACAGUUUCGAAGAGGAAACUAAGUGGAGGAGCAACAUGGAUGAAUUCCAUGAAGCGAGACAAAACCAGGAGUCCAAGACUGGAGUAGAGGUGCAGCGAGAGGACGACGCUGAGCAUGCGCCGGACUCGUCAGGCUGACUGUCCUGAUCUUGUACAUUCGCCGGUAUCAGUGGGUCGAGUCCUCCUCGUCGUACGCGGCGCAUUUUGCGCACUGUGUUCCGACGCCGAGAGACAGACUCAUGAAAGGACUCGGACUGGACGAGCGGCGAUGCCCUAGAUGUAGAGAUGUAGCACCGUUCACGCGACAUUCUCGUAAAUAUAGUUGUUAUUCCAACCACGAUUUGUUGCUGUUACAUCAGUGCGGGUACAC